AAGCCAUAUCACUCACUCUCAAUGCAGUAGUAGCAAUGGCUGUGUUACCUCAAAAUCCACUUUUCUCUUCUCCAUUUCAUCUCAAAUCAAAGAGAUGUGAAAUGCCGAGGCUCGACCACCUCAGACGCCGUGAUUUGUCGAUGAGAUCGUCGUCCACGGUUCAACUUAACCGUCCCCUCAUUCGUCUCCCCAUUACUUGUCCCACACAGUUGAUGGAGUGUUUGCUGAAUAAGGAGGAUUUGAGUGAAGAGGAAGCUGAGGCAUCACUUCACUUCUUGCUCAACAAUGGCAAUGAUGCUUUGAUUAGUGCUUUUCUUGUUCUCCUCAGAGCCAAAGGCGACACCUUUGAAGAAGUUGUGGGUAUGGCGAGGGCUAUGAUGAAAUGUUGCAAAAAGGUAGAAGGGUUGGGAAAUGCAGUGGACAUAGUGGGGACUGGUGGUGAUGGAGCCAACACGGUUAAUAUCUCAACCGGUGCAGCAAUUCUUGCUGCUGCUUCUGGUGCCAAGGUUGCAAAGCAAGGGAAUAGGUCGAGCUCUUCGGCCUGUGGAAGUGCAGAUGUUUUGGAAGCACUAGGAGUCGCCAUUGACAACGACCCUAAGGGGGUGAAAAGAUGUGUGGAAGAAGUCGGGAUUGGAUUCAUGAUGUCUCCAAACUAUCAUCCUGCGAUGAAGACAUUUGCUCCGGUGAGGAGAAAGCUGGGAGUGAAGACUGUUUUUAACACCCUAGGUCCGAUGUUAAACCCAGCGUGUGUUCCUUUCUCCGUGGUUGGGGUGUACAGAGCAGACAUGGUGAGUAAGAUGGCUAAAGCACUACAGUUAUAUGGGAUGAAAAGAGCUCUGGUUGUUCAUUGUGAGGGUUUAGAUGAAAUGAGUCCACUAGGGCCAGGAGUGGUGUAUGAUGUUACAGCCGAAAAGAUAGAGAAAUUUAGUUUUGACCCUUUGGACUUUGGCAUUCCUCGCUGCACCUUAGGAGAUUUGCGAGGCGGGGGCCCAAAAUAUAAUGCUGAGAUACUAAGGCGCACGCUGGCUGGUGAGAAAGGAGCCAUUGCAGAUGCACUUGUCUUAAAUGCAGCUGCUGCAUUAUUGGUUGGUGGGAAUGUCCGCGACCUAGGGGAAGGGAUAGCUCUAGCACGUGAAACACACCAACUGGGAAAAGCUCUAGACACUCUUGACCGCUGGAUUAGUGUCUCAAAUAAGGUGAAAGAAGCUAGAGCCAUGGCUGUAGUGUAAGGUUAGAGUGUCUUACAACAGUAUAGCAUGUGUAACAAAGAAUGUGUAUGGUGUGACCAUAGUUCACAAUUUCUACUAUAAAAAAGAGCUUUUAUUUCAACAA